AUGUGCAAACAAGCACUGAUUAGCUCCGGAAUUCUGAAUUUCGAGUCUUCUGAAAGGGAGGAUAUUCAACAGAAAGUAAAAAGAAGAAGAGUUCGAAAGGAAAACUCUGACGACUACCAAUCUGGAACGACUAAUAAAGUCGAAAAACCAUUCAAGAAUCGCUUCAACAGCGAGAAAACUAUUGAGGAUGAGAUGUUCAUCGAGUUCCUUAAUAUUCUCGAUGACAAGCUCCUCGGAACAUCGGGAUACUGGAACAUGCGUCGCGACUGGAAGAGCAACAUGACGAACUUUUCGGGCUCGAUCACGAGAGACCUCGAAAGAAUCGUUAAAAAACAGCUGAGACCUUAUGACAACGAGUUCAAACUGUCAGCUAGUGACAAGAAAAUGCAUGAGUACAAUUAUGUCAUCAGGGAGCUUAUGAUGUGGGCCGUCGUAAGCAAUCGAAAGGAAAAGCUAGAACUGAUUAUCAACAAAGCAGCGAGCAAAUGCUUCGACGAAAGCAAAGCUGGUCAAACCGACGAGAGUGCCCAUUUCGAACCUUUAAAGUACUAUAUCCAGGCCGCAGUCAUGGCAAGAAAAUGCAUCGACCUCUGUGAGGAGGUCUGCCUCACAGGUGUUCAGGACCGAUACAAGGAGCUAGCAAACGAAUACGAAGAUAAGUCUGUAGAUUUAAUAACCGAAAUAGCGAAAGAAAAUGGAGAAUUUGCUCUUAUCGGAAUCCGACAGCGUAUGGCUAACUUGUCAAAUCGAUCGAUUCUUGAUUUGGCCUUUUUCGGCGACUUGAAAAAAGUCAUGGCGACUGACACUGUUCAAGAACUUGUCACGAAAAUUUGGUACGGAGGAAUAGAACCAGAGGGAAGAUGGGGACCGCUGAUUGCUGCUUGGCUGCUGCCGCCUAUCGCGCCGCUAAUGCUGCCUUCAGCCAACGAUAUUCAUGUCGACUACGAUGCCCCCAUUUUCUCUUGGAGCACACUCAAGAAGACCAAGAAGAACAAAACCAAAACGGACACUCGCGAACUAGGAUACUUCAAGAAGCUAGCAAUUUUCAUGACAGCGCCAGUGACAACAUUUUUCUAUAACAUUCUAAUUUUCUUUGGCUUUCUGGCAUUCUUCAUUUGGGUCCUUAUGCGAAAGUUUUGCCUACAGCCGCAGUGGCAAGAAUAUGUAGUUAUUGUUACUUUGUUCGCCACGUGCAUGGAAAGAGUCAGGAAGUUCAUUGCGAUGAGUGGUUGCACAGUGAGGCAAAAGAUAAACGGACUUCUGAACGAUGGCUACAAUUGGAUAUACAUGAUCGCACUAGCCUUCUCUAUCCUCGGUGUUAUCUUCCGAUAUAUGGCUUAUCAGGCCAUUCCUCCGGAAGAAGCUGAGCGGCUCUUUGGUGAAAAUUCAACAGCAACUGAGAGCGAGCUGUGUCCACCGGUCAUUUUAAGUAAUGCGAUUUACGACACAAAACUGGCCGACGAAAGCUUUUUUGAAGUGAACGUUUUGGUCAAGUGGGCUCACCUCUGCUAUAUGAUUGCUUUCUUCAUGAUGUUCGUCUCGGCCCUGCAAUUCUAUGCACUAAAUAGUCUUCUUGGACCUCUUACAAUCGCUAUCGGAGAAAUGAUCAAGGACUUUAUUGUCUUCUGUGGAAUUUUACUGAUUUUCGUUGUUCCUUUCGGAAUUAUUAUGAUGUCUUUGUUGUAUCCGAACGAGACAAGAGCUUCCAAGUAUGAGACAAUGUUCUUCAAGCCAUUCAUGAUGCUCUUCGGUGAAAUGUUCAAAUCCGAAUUAUCAGACUACGCCUUCGAAACUGUUGACAACUGCAUCCCGAACAGCCGUAUCUUUCUUACGCCAAGGGGAGCGCCCAACGCCAACGACACCGAGAUAUUCAAUCCCGAAGGAAAUAAGUACUCAUAUCUCCAAGAUAAGAUAAUGACAGUAUCAGGAGUGGAGGAAACUCACCCACUGUACGAUGUUCCCUACUAUCGUCCAAAAAAUUUACUUCCAAACAACUCGCCACUCUCAGUGUACGGUCUAAUUGAGCUGCAAUCGCUAAGAGACAACUUCGCCGUUCGUAAAAACGGACUUAUAGUUGAUGUUAAUCUUUUCAAAAAUGAAAAGACGAAAUGGAUGAGCGUGAAAUAUGGAAUUCCUGAGUUUCAAAAUCUUGCAGGAGACGAAAGAGCUCUUUUUAUUCCAAGCGAUCCAAAUGCUCAGAAUGGCGAUUUCUCGAGAUGUCCUGAAAGAUACUGGGUUAACUCGGUGUUCCUGAUGUUGUACGUUCUCUUCGCUGUUGUCAUGAUUCUCAACUUGCUCGUUGCUAUGUUUGCGACUACGUACUCGAGAGUGCGUGGAGACUCGUCUAUCAUCUGGAAGAAACAACGAUACAACUUGGUGAUCGAAUAUUACAACAAUCCUGCAAAGCCAAUAACACCACCACUGAUCUUGUUCCUGGAUUUCUACUGGUUAGUCAAAUUCAUGGUGCUUUGGCUGAGAAAGAGCACAAAGAGUUCUGCGCACAAAGAAGUCAACCACCCGAGAGUCUUGGGGCAACACUCUUUGCGCCUCCCACCUCUUUAUAUGGACGAUAAUCAAGAUUUGUAUAAAAAAAUCUUCCAAGCUCUUGCAGUGAUUGAAUCCAAAUACGCCAAAGAAAAAGACAAGCCCGUGAGCGUUGAAGAUCUCGAGGAAAUGAUAGAAAGUCUUCAAGUUCGCGUGGAUUGUCUGAAAGAACUCGAGUCGAGAAACAAAUAA